AUGCCAUCGAAUUCUAAAUAUCCUAUCUGUGACAUCGUCGCAGGCGUCCCGGACGCAACAGUCAAGAUCGGCGGGCCGAUCAUGCUGCUCAUCAAAGUCGCUGGUACAGUUGUACCCUCCAUCGUUCUGCGCCAGGGCGACAAAGCUCAGGCGUUGACGUUGACGCUUCUCGAGGAGACCAAGGACAUCAUGGACCCAUCCUCACAUAACCUCCUCCAACGCCAAUAUGAGACGCUCGUCGGUAUGAGGCGCAACAUUAAGGGUGGAAAUGUGCUGCAAUUCAGGCACUACUACAGGAUCUACCAGUUUCGGGCCGAUGCGGUUGAUUUGAGUGAUCAAACAGUGACAUCUUCGCAGUACGCGCGGUGCGCGCAAAUGUGGGAGGAGAAGGGUAUCACCGAAUAUACUCGGUAUACGCUGCGAAGGAAGUCCUCGACGGUCUCAAAACUCACAUUUGUGACCGUGAAAGAAGAUCCCAUCGCGCAGCCGGCACCCGAGGCACCCUCGUCGGCCCAGCAAGAUACUGCUGACCCAGAGUCACGGUCAGCGGACGUUACAGAGCAACGAGACCAACAAGACACAAAGCAGAAGACCCGUACGCACAAUGCUGCAUCUGCCAGUGGGACGAACCCCUUCGUCUACCCCGGUGAAGACGCUGCCGCCGAUGGAGACAGCCAGUCUAACGCUGAGAGCAGUUACGAGCUGACGGAUUCCAUAUCUCUGUCGGAAUCUGACUUGACAUCCGAUUGCGACCAGUCAGCAGACGACGUGUCGUGA